GGUUUGUUUAUAAAUAAAAUAUCUUUUUCCCAAAGAGUUUAUCUUUUUGAUUUUAAAUAAAAUGUCGCUACAAGAUAUUCGUUACUCGAAUUUCUUUGUAGCCGGCAUUUCAACCUGUUUCGCAACUGUUUUCACCAAUCCACUAGAAGUUGUUAAAAUUCGAUUACAACUACAAGGUGAAUUGAUUAAGAUCGAUUCGAAUAAGCGAAUUUAUAGGGGAUUCUUUCACGGACUGUAUCGGAUUGGUUGUGAUGAGGGUGUUAAAGCGUUGCAAAAAGGUUUGGGACCAGCUCUUAGGCUAAAGUUUUGCCAAAAUUCAAUACGUUUGGGAAUAUUUGAUACAGCUACUACAUUUGGAUGGACGAAAAGCAGUGAGGGGCAUAUGUCAGUGUGGCGUGGCUACUUAUGGGGAGCAUUUGGUGGCUCAAUCGGAUCAUGUUUAGGCAGCCCGUUUUAUUUAAUUAAAACUCACAUGCAGUCUUAUUCUAAUGCUAAAGUAGCCGUUGGCUUCCAGAGAAAACACGAUGGAAUAAUUUCAGCAUUCAAACGAGCCAUCAGAACACUUGUCACGCACAGAAAUGCAAUUGUUUUUUUGGUCUUAGGGAAUGGUGCUCAACUGGCAACAUACGAACCGUUAAAGGAUUAUAUGAAAAGAAGUGGUUGGAGCUUUUCAAAUUCAACGGUAAAUUCAUUUAUAUGCUCAUGCAUUGCCGGGACAACGAUGGCAAUAGCUGUGAAUCCGCCAGAUGUCAUACUGACUCGUUUAUAUAAUCAACCAUUGGACGAUGUUGGCAGAGGGAAAUACUACAGCGGAGUCUAUGACUGUUUUAUUAAAAUUGUCAAAAGUGAAGGCGUUUCUGGAUUGUACAAAGGGUUUUGGCCCGCUUAUAUACGUCAGGCGCCUCAUUCCAUACUGGUCUUACUUUUCUACGAUGAAGCCAAGAAGCUGAGAGAUACAUUUUUUCUCUGA